AUGCUUUUAAUUGAUAAGCACUUUUUUGUUUCAUUGAUAUGUCUAUUUAUCUGCACAAACCAACCAUUGAUUGUUCAUGCACAGCAAUCGUAUGGAAGUGAAGCUGACCCAGACCUUCCAAGUAUAUUACCAGAUGUGCCAGAAAAGCGGAAAUGUAAUGGAACAGAUUUGGAUAUUCGAACUUAUGAUGGAACUUGUAAUAAUCUCGAACAUUCAAAUUGGGGAACUCUAAAUAGAGUUUAUGAUCGAGGAUAUUUUUCUGCGAUUUACAAAGAUAAUUAUACUGGUGAACCUGCAAUAAAAAUAGAUGCUAGAAUGAUUUCAAAUAUGUUAUCUGAUAGUGGUCAGGAGCCAGUAUUCUCCGGAAGUCCUUUAACUGACGAUAUUUUGUCCUCGACGCGAAAGUCAAUGUUCGAAGUUUUUUUUGGUCAAUUCGUUAAUCAUGAUCUUGAAGAUGCUGCUCUUCAAACCAUUCCAAGAAUUGUGAUAGGUGACGUUGUUAAUGAUAAAAUCUUUAGUAAUGCAUCAAGAAGUUUAUUCAACCCUUCUCAAACACCAUAUAUGAUAUCAUCACUCUCAUGGGGUCGUAUAAUAAAUUCCACUUUGUACCCUGUCAAUUUUGCUAAUUCAUACCUUGACCUGACAACAAUAUAUGGAAAAAAUAAUAUUACUGCACUAAAGCUUCGAACUCUUAAAGAUGGCAAAUUAGUUACUGAAAAUUUUACAGGAAAUGGUGGUGCUUAUAACACUGCACUAGGUGACUUAACUAUAAAAAAUGUUGCACCAAGCUCCGGUAGAGUAGAUCUUUAUCCUAAUCUUACACCUCCAGAAAUUAACGCUGAUGAUGCACUUGUUAGUGGUGACUUGCGUUGUUCAGAGAACAUUCAAUUAUGUAUUAUUCAUACAAUUUGGAUUCGUGAACAUAAUUAUUGGGCAGAAAAAAGAGCAAAAGAAAAACCUGAUUUAAAAGAUGAAGAAAUUUUUCAAUAUGCCAGAAAAAUAACAAUUGGAGAAUAUCAACAUAUAGUCUUUGAAGAAUAUUUACCUGCUGUGCUUGGUUUUAAAAUGCCAUCGUAUUCAGGUUAUAACAAAACACAAUAUGCUGAUACUUCAAUUCAUUUUGCUGGUGCUGCAUUCAGAUAUGGACACUCAAAUGUUCGACCAUAUGAUCUUAUUGACGGAUGUACUGGUGAACCCUUUGAUCCUCAUCCUAAUUUUAAAUUCCCUGAUUCUAAUUUACAUCGGCUUUAUUUUAUGGGGAAAUCUGUCAGGGUUCCAACACCAUAUCUAGGUUUAAAUUUUACUGAUGGAUUACUUGAUUAUACUCCUGUUAGAAUGUUAUCUUUAGCUUCAGGAUCAAGUGGAAAUGGUGUCGAUAAUAUAAUCGUUAGCAUGUUGAGAGGAACAGCUGCGGAAUUUGAUUUAAUAUUUUCAAGUACACUGCGAAACAUGCCUGGCGUAAAUGACAUGGCAGCUUUAGAUAUUUUUAGAGGUCGUUUACUCGGUCUUCCUGAUUAUGACACAUUCCGCGUUGUAUAUCAUCCUGCGGGAAGCGUUUACAAUAAUCAAAGUUGUAAUAGAUCAAGCGAGCAAGAUUCUGUAGACUGCUUUAAUGUAAUUACUAACAACAUAACAAUAGCAAAAAAAUUACAACAGAUCUAUGGUAAAGUCAAUAAAAUAGAUGCAAUAAUUGGAAUGUUUGCCGAGAGUAAAGGUAAAACUACUCCUUUACCACCAACAAUUACCGCAAUUAUAAAAGAAGAAUUUCUUCGAAAAAGAAGUGCUGAUAGAUUUUGGUAUGAAGGAUCAAAAUAUACAAGUGAUGAAAUUGAACUAAUUAAAAACGCUACUAUGAGAGAUAUUAUUAUGAGAAAUACUGAGAUUCAAAAUAUACAAACUAAUCCAUUUAAAUCACCAGGUUCUAAAGAUAUUUUAGGUAAAUUAUAA